AUGUCGCAGCCCCGCGCUGGCCGUGGCGGUCGUGGCGGCGGCGCUGGUGGCGCCGGCGUUGGCCGUAAAACCCCCUCCUCGCUGACCGGUCCGCCGGAUGACUCGGCCACGCCCAGCGAACGUGCAACGCCCGCCAGCAAGGCCGAUUCCGAUCCCAAGGACGACAGCUCUAGCAAUGGCGACAAGAAGGACAUGGAUGCAUUUCCCGCCCCAAAGCCGCCCAGUGCCGGUGCCUCCAUCCGGGAUACGGCCAACAAGGUGCUCGGUCUGGCCAUGAAAAGCGAGUGGACACCCAUCGAGGCGGAGCUAAAGAAGCUGGAGAAGUAUGUGGCCAAUGUGGGCGAGGACGGUAACCACAUACCGCUGGCCGGAGUCCAUGAUAUGAAUACCGGCAUGACGCCUCUGAUGUACGCCACGAAGGACAAUAAGACGGCCAUAAUGGAUCGCAUGAUUGAGCUGGGCGCCGACGUGGGAGCCCGUAAUAAUGAUAAUUAUAAUGUGCUACACAUUGCGGCAAUGUAUUCGCGUGAGGAUGUCGUCAAAUUGUUGCUAACAAAACGCGGCGUGGAUCCCUUCUCCACCGGUGGCUCGCGUUCGCAGACUGCGGUCCAUUUGGUGUCGAGUCGGCAAACUGGAACUGCCACCAAUAUCCUGCGAGCUCUUCUUGCGGCUGCUGGCAAGGAUAUUCGCUUAAAAGCGGACGGCCGUGGCAAGAUCCCAUUGCUCCUGGCCGUCGAGUCGGGCAACCAGUCCAUGUGCAGGGAGCUGCUGGCGGCACAAACGGCGGACCAACUAAAGGCAACGACGGCCAAUGGAGACACGGCCUUGCAUUUGGCCGCCAGACGGCGGGACGUGGACAUGGUCCGCAUCCUGGUCGAUUAUGGUACCAACGUGGACACGCAGAAUGGCGAGGGGCAGACGCCGCUCCACAUCGCGGCCGCCGAAGGUGAUGAGGCCCUACUCAAGUACUUCUAUGGCGUGCGCGCCUCAGCGUCCAUUGCGGACAAUCAAGAUCGCACUCCGAUGCACUUGGCCGCCGAGAAUGGGCACGCGCACGUCAUCGAGAUACUGGCCGACAAGUUCAAGGCGAGCAUCUUCGAGCGCACCAAGGAUGGCAGCACGCUGAUGCACAUUGCAUCUCUCAAUGGCCAUGCUGAGUGCGCCACGAUGCUCUUCAAGAAGGGAGUCUAUCUCCACAUGCCCAACAAGGAUGGUGCGAGGAGUAUCCACACUGCCGCCGCCUAUGGACACACGGGUAUCAUCAAUACCCUGUUGCAGAAGGGCGAGAAAGUGGAUGUGACCACCAAUGACAACUACACGGCUCUACACAUAGCCGUGGAGUCGGCCAAGCCCGCCGUUGUGGAAACCCUGCUCGGUUUUGGAGCAGAUGUCCAUGUUCGGGGUGGAAAACUCCGUGAAACACCACUGCACAUAGCAGCUAGGGUCAAGGAUGGCGAUCGAUGUGCUCUCAUGUUGCUGAAAUCGGGAGCCAGUCCCAAUUUGACGACGGACGAUGCACUCACUCCGGUUCAUGUUGCUGCCCGCCAUGGCAAUCUGGCCACGCUGAUGCAGCUGCUGGAAGACGAAGGCGAUCCGUUGUACAAAUCAAAUACGGGUGAGACACCCCUGCACAUGGCUUGCAGAUCCUGUCACCCGGAGAUCGUUCGUCAUUUGAUCGAAACGGUGAAGGAGAAACAUGGUCCGGACAAGGCCACCACGUACAUCAAUUCGGUGAACGACGAUGGCGCCACGGCGCUCCAUUACACCUGCCAAAUCACCAAGGAAGAGGUGAAAAUCCCCGAGUCCGAUAAGCAGAUAGUCCGAAUGCUUCUGGAGAAUGGAGCAGAUGUCACGCUGCAGACCAAGAAUGCCUUGGAGACUGCCUUCCACUAUUGCGCCGUGGCUGGUAACAAUGAUGUCCUGAUGGAGAUGAUUUCGCACAUGAAUCCCACGGACAUUCAGAAGGCAAUGAACCGUCAAUCCUCCGUGGGCUGGACCCCUCUGCUGAUAGCCUGCCAUCGAGGGCACAUGGAGCUGGUCAAUAAUCUCCUGGCGAAUCAUGCUCGUGUGGAUGUCUUCGAUACGGAGGGCAGGUCGGCCUUGCACUUGGCAGCGGAAAGGGGUUACUUGCACGUCUGCGAUGCUCUGCUGACCAAUAAGGCUUUCAUUAACUCCAAGUCCCGUGUGGGACGCACAGCCCUCCACCUGGCAGCGAUGAAUGGGUUUACGCAUCUCGUGAAAUUCCUCAUCAAGGAUCACAAUGCGGUGAUCGAUAUCCUGACGCUGCGAAAACAGACGCCGCUCCAUUUGGCAGCGGCCAGCGGGCAGAUGGAAGUCUGCCAGCUGCUCCUCGAGCUGGGAGCGAAUAUCGAUGCGACGGAUGAUCUGGGCCAGAAGCCCAUCCACGUCGCCGCCCAGAACAACUACUCUGAAGUGGCCAAACUCUUCCUGCAGCAGCAUCCCAGCCUGGUGAAUGCCACCAGCAAGGAUGGCAAUACCUGUGCCCACAUUGCCGCCAUGCAGGGAUCCGUCAAGGUGAUCGAGGAGCUGAUGAAGUUCGAUCGAUCGGGUGUGAUUUCGGCGCGGAAUAAACUCACGGAUGCCACACCGCUCCAGUUGGCCGCCGAGGGUGGACAUGCGGAUGUGGUCAAAGCUCUGGUUAGAGCCGGUGCCUCCUGCACUGAGGAGAACAAGGCAGGAUUCACCGCAGUUCACUUGGCAGCACAAAAUGGUCAUGGACAGGUGCUGGAUGUCCUAAAGAGCACGAAUUCUUUAAGGAUCAAUAGUAAAAAGUUGGGAUUGACACCACUGCAUGUGGCUGCCUAUUAUGGCCAAGCGGAUACGGUCAGAGAACUGCUGACCAGUGUUCCGGCCACUGUCAAAUCGGAAACGCCAACGGGACAAACUCUAUUCGGUGAUUUGGGCACGGAAUCUGGAAUGACACCACUGCAUCUGGCGGCAUUUUCCGGGAACGAGAACGUGGUGCGAUUGCUCCUCAACUCGGCGGGUGUUCAAGUGGAUGCGGCGACCACAGAGAACGGCUAUAAUCCACUCCAUUUGGCUUGCUUCGGUGGACACAUGUCAGUGGUCGGUUUGCUCCUGAGUCGGUCGGCGGAACUCCUCCAGUCGCAGGAUCGUAACGGCAGGACGGGCCUGCACAUCGCCGCCAUGCAUGGCCACAUCCAGAUGGUGGAGAUUCUGCUUGGCCAGGGCGCGGAGAUCAAUGCAACCGAUCGGAACGGUUGGACGCCACUGCAUUGUGCUGCCAAAGCCGGCCACUUGGAGGUGGUGAAGCUGCUGUGCGAGGCGGGUGCCUCUCCGAAAUCGGAGACCAACUACGGCUGUGCCGCCAUUUGGUUCGCGGCCUCGGAGGGACACAACGAGGUCCUGCGCUAUCUCAUGAACAAGGAGCAUGACACCUAUGGCCUCAUGGAGGACAAACGAUUCGUCUACAAUCUGAUGGUCGUCUCCAAGAAUCACAAUAAUAAACCCAUCCAGGAGUUUGUUCUCGUCUCGCCGGCACCGGUGGAUACGGCUGCCAAGCUGUCCAAUAUCUACAUUACUUUAUCCACAAAGGAGAAAGAACGCGCCAAGGAUCUGGUUGCAGCUGGCAAACAAUGUGAAACCAUGGCCACAGAGCUCUUGGCCCUGGCAGCUGGCUCUGAUUCGGCGGGGAAGAUUCUUCAAGCCACCGAUAAGAGGAAUGUGGAAUUUCUCGACGUCCUGAUAGAGAAUGAGCAAAAGGAAGUUAUUGCGCAUACGGUGGUGCAGCGUUACCUGCAGGAACUCUGGCAUGGCUCCCUGACCUGGGCUUCCUGGAAGAUCCUCCUUCUGCUGGUGGCCUUUAUUGUCUGCCCGCCUGUGUGGAUUGGCUUCACCUUCCCCAUGGGCCACAAGUUCAACAAGGUGCCCAUCAUCAAGUUUAUGUCGUACCUCACCUCGCACAUUUACCUCAUGAUCCACCUGAGUAUCGUGGGCAUUACGCCCAUAUAUCCCGUCCUCCGACUGAGUUUGGUGCCCUAUUGGUACGAGAUUGGACUUCUGAUCUGGCUGAGUGGUCUGCUGCUGUUCGAGCUGACGAAUCCGUCGGAUAAAUCGGGAUUGGGAUCGAUCAAGGUGCUGGUGCUGCUGCUGGGGAUGGCCGGCGUGGGUGUCCACGUGGCGGCCUUUGUCUUUGUCUCCAAGGAGUAUUGGCCCACGUUGGUGUACUGUCGGAAUCAGUGCUUCGCACUGGCCUUCCUGCUGGCCUGCGUUCAGAUCCUUGACUUUUUGUCAUUCCAUCAUCUAUUCGGACCCUGGGCCAUUAUCAUCGGGGAUCUGCUGAAGGACUUGGCCAGGUUCUUGGCCGUCUUGGCCAUCUUUGUGUUUGGCUUUUCGAUGCAUAUCGUGGCGCUGAAUCAAAGUUUUGCCAACUUCUCGCCGGAGGAUCUGCGCAGCUUCGAGAAGAAGAACCGAAAUCGGGGAUACUUCAGUGACGAUGACAUGCCCACGCCUCGACCUCCGCCCGCGGAGAAUUAUGUCGAUAGUCGCUUCAGCGAAUUCCGGCGAAAGCACAAGGACGACCUGCGCAUGCAUCCGAUAAACUCAUUCGAGUUGUUGUUCUUCGCCGUGUUCGGACAGACGACAACCGAGCAGACGCAAGUUGACAAAAUCAAAAAUGUAGCCACGCCCACUCAACCGUAUUGGGUCGAGUACCUGUUCAAAAUUGUCUUUGGCAUUUACAUGUUGGUGUCGGUGGUUGUGCUCAUUAACCUGCUGAUUGCCAUGAUGUCAGACACCUAUCAACGCAUCCAGGCCCAAUCCGACAUCGAGUGGAAAUUCGGCUUGUCCAAGCUUAUACGCAAUAUGCAUCGCACCACAACAGCGCCCUCGCCGCUUAAUUUAGUUACCACCUGGUUUAUGUGGAUCGUCGAGAAGGUCAAGGCACGCAUGAAGAAAAAGAAGCGUCCAAGUCUGGUUCAGAUGAUGGGAAUACGUCAGGCCAGUCCGCGAACGAAAGCCGGGGCCAAAUGGCUAUCGAAGAUCAAGAAAGACUCGGUGGCUCUGUCUCAGGUUCAUCUGUCGCCGCUGGGAUCACAGGCCAGCUUCUCGCAGGCCAAUCAGAAUCGCAUCGAGAACGUGGCCGACUGGGAGGCGAUCGCCAAGAAGUAUCGGGCUCUGGUGGGCGACGAGGAGGGUGGUUCGCUCAAGGACUCGGAUGCGGAGAGCGGUUCCCAGGAGGGCAGCGGCGGUGGGCAACAGCCGCCGGCACAGGUGGGCAGAAGAGCCGCCAUCAAGGCCGCCGCAAAGGACACCAAGAAAUAAAUCAGAACACACACCCGACACCGGCACACACACACUCUCUCUCCACUCUCUGCGUUUUUGGAUUGGCUAAUUAAUCACGUUUCGAUUGCAGGUCUAAGCUUCAACCUCUUCAACUUCUCUUCCAACUAUCCAACUAUCCUGAACUCUCCUCCUCUCUCUUCUCUUCUACUCGACUAUCCCAGAGUCUGUCCUUCUGUACUCCUAAGUCUAAGUCUAAGUCUAGAUCUAAGCUCUCACUUUCGGGAAUGUCUCUCUUCUCCAUUCAAGGAGGUCCUUCCGAAAUCCUUAAGCUAAGCCAGCACUUCCUAAACUAAUUUUAGCUAGAAUAUUGAAAUUGUUUUGGGUAUCUUUCGAUAUUUAUUUUGAUAUUUCCCAUUUUAAGCGUGUCGGCGAUAACAGAUUUACGAUAAACGAAACAACAAAACAAGUUUUCCAUAUUUGAGAUUUUUGAAAUAAAUAUAACGAAAAGUUAAUGCAGUCGCCAGUUUUGGAACUGUUACUUUUUGUCUUACAUUUUUUUAACCAAACUCCUAGCCCUUUUUGUAUUAAGCUGACAACUCCCGCGUCUACCGGAUCGACCAUAGGCUUAAUUAUGAUUAUAUAUUGUAGCUUUUAAGUCUUUAACCAUAGCUUCAAAAAGGUUUUAUAAAAAAAGGAAUACAUAUCGCAUGAUCUCAUCGUUCCCCGGGUAAACUUUGUCGUCCAGCAACUACAUCCAAUUUAUUUACUAAGCUUGAUUA